GAAGAAGAUGAAUUGUUUCUUACCCCCUAGAUGGUUGCUGUUUAGUCCAAUGCAUUUUGGGUUGGAUUUAGUUUAUUAAAGCUGUAAAUAACUUAAUUGCAGCGUUGACAAGUGGACCAUGCAGCGCUGCAUCUUAAGAUUUGCUGAGCCAUUUUCCGUUCGCUAUGCCAGCUCAGAGGCAGGAAAUCGGAAAGCUCUUCGCAGCGCCUUCCCAGUGCUGGAGCGCCCCCUGCAGCCCAUCCAGCGCCACGUCUAUGAGGCAAACCUGAGGAACAGCAGCGCCUGCCAAAGGAAGUACACGGAGUUGAAGGAGAAGGUGAUGAGAGGCGGAGGCGAGAACGCCAUAGCCAGACACACUCAGAGAAACAAGAAGCUGCUGGUCAGGGAGCGCCUCAGCCUCCUGUUGGACGAUGACGACUUCCUGGAGCUUUCGCCGUUCGCCGGGUUGGGUCUGCCGUACGGGGACAUCCCUUCAGCAGGCUGCCUGACCGGCGUCGGUCGGAUCAAUGGUCUGUGGUGUGUGUUUAUCGCCAAUGAUGCCACAGUGAAAGGCGGCACCGCGUAUCCAAUCACAGUGAAGAAGCAGCUGAGGGCACAAGAGGUAGCCAUUCAGAACCGCCUGCCUUGUGUCUACCUGGUAGACUCUGGUGGAGCUUUCCUACCUCUGCAGUCGGAGAUUUUUCCUGAUAAGAACCAGGGAGGAAGAACCUUCUAUAAUGAAGCCAUCAUGUCUGCCAUGAAGAUUCCACAGGUGGCGCUCGUGUGCGGGUCAUGCACUGCGGGUGGAGCGUACGUCCCCACGAUGGCAGAGGAGGCGGUGAUGGUGCACCGAAUAGGAACCAUAUUCCUGGGAGGCCCUCCGCUCGUCAAAGCCGCUACAGGAGAGGAGGUGUCACCAGAGGACCUGGGAGGGGCCCGACUCCACGCAGAGGUGAGCGGCUGUGUGGAUCACUUUGCAUGGGAGGAGAAGGAGGCGUUUGAUCAGACAAGAAACAUAAUCUCCACCCUGAACUUCCAACUGCCUGAAGAGGAGGAGGACACAGCAAAGAGGAGAGCAGGAGAGGAGCCUCUGCACAGCUCUGAGGAGCUCCUGGGACUCGCUCCUCAGAACUAUAGCCACACUCUGGAUGUUAAGAUGAUCGUGAGUCGUCUGACAGAUGGGAGCCGCUUCCAGGAAUUUAAAGCUCGAUAUGGAACCACACUCAUCACUGGAUUUGCUAAGAUUCAUGGGAACCUGCUUGACAAUCUGAGGCAGAGAGGUGUGUUAGGUGCCCUGCAAGCUGUCUUCAUCCCAUCAAAUCUGAGAGGCUCCUACCCUGUCAGGGAUGAAGUGGUUGAGCCCAAGACCUGGCAGAAAAGAUUCAAAGGUUUUAAAACUGAUAUCUCUGUCCUUUUCUUUCAGGCAGAGAUGAACAGCAACCGCCUGAAGGCUCAGGGUUCAAUGAUGUCGGCUGUGGCGUGUGCCUCCGUCCCAAAAAUCACUGUAGUGAUUGGUGGUUGCCAUGGCGCCGAAAGCUACGCCAUGUGUGGACGGGCUUUUGACCCUAACUUCCUGUUCCUGUGGCCCAAUGCCAGAGUGUCGCUGACUGCUCCGGGUCACGCUGGCUCACUGCUUCUCGCUGAUAAUGACCAUGAGGAGCAGAAGCUGGACAAGAUGUUAGAGGAGGAGAGCUCUGCCUUCUUUUCCUCUGGUAGGAUGUGGGACGACGGAGUCAUUCUGCCACAGGAAACCAGAAAGGUUCUCAGAGACACUCUGGACAUCAUCAAACAGCAGCGGUACCAGGUGUCCACAGAGAAGAGACGCUCUGUGGUCAUUCGGAUGUAGACGCCUGCACCCUUCGAAGUGGCUUCGGUGUUUUAGGGUCAUCACAAAAACCUGCAAUACUGCAGCUCUGUCCAACUUAAAGUAAUGCUUUACCUUUAAAACAAUUUCUACAGAAACGUCAGGGAUGCUGAUGGAAGGAGACGUCUGUGGAACUUUUUUAAUUCACUUUACAUUUUAAAAGCAAAUUUAGUUUUCUAUGGUGCUUUUUCUGUCAGAUCAGGAAUAAGGACACUCUAACGGUAACCUAACUUGAUCCUAACUUGGUAUUUACAAAUCCCCAAAAAAACCUUCACUGUUCUUGUUCAUCUAAAUUGAAAUUAAAAAGAAUGUAAUUGUCUAAAACACCUAACAGAGCCUUUAAUAUUUACCCAUUUUGUAAUUAAGUGUAAAAUAAGAGUUUUGAUAAUGCUUAUUUGUACAAAAAUAAAUAGAU